UAUACACUCGCGGUCAGACUUUUGACGUGGCGGCAGGGCGGAGUUCGUCGUCUAUGAAUAUGCCCACCCAAAACCUAUUCCCACAAACUAAUCUAGCGGAAUGACUGCAGCAACUGUCCUCAGGAUAAGGUGGAGAAUGGUUAGUGGGUCACUUCCUUCCUUUACCAUCCAUCUGGACAAGAGCAGCAGCAGCAGCAGGAUAAAGAAAAGUCUGUCAAACGAGGAGAAGGAGGAAAAGAAAGUGAAGAGACAGAGCGAGAUGUAAAGAAUGGUGAUAACGAAAGUAUUGCAGUUGUCUAAACUUGCCACAGUGUUUGUUGUGAAACACUGUAAAGUACAGUCAACCCGUGAGCAGCCGUAACCGACACUGUCAGACAUGCGUGAGUAUCUUCUCAGUGUCGUCGGCUGCCUCUGCCUUCUUUCUGGUCUCUGUGCUGAAGAAUGCAGCCAGGCUGUUCUGGCCAGACGUGAAACGUUCUCUGUACCAGAAGGGGGCAGUCUGUCUCUGUCUUGUGUGGUCCAGCACUGUGGAGACACCUGGACGGGGAACUGGAGGUGGCAAAAUGCGACAAAUGAAGGGUUCAGUACCAUCAGGAACUCCGAAAGACAUCAUCUGACCAAUGUGACGCUUUCAGCAAACGAAACCCGCCUAGUUUUGAAUCUCCAGAGGGUCAACCAAUUAGACGAAGGUUCCUAUGGAUGCAAGGUUACGUGGGGUGAAGGUUACACAGAUCAGGGUCAUCUGAUGUAUGUGAACAUCACAACAGCUGUUCCCUCACAGAGGAAUUGGUGGCACAGGGUUUUGGUCUGCGUCGGUGCUUUCCUUUGUCUUCCUGUCAUUCUCGGACUGGCUUGUUGUGUGAGGUCAGAGGUCAAGCCUCACCCACAUCCCAGGACUCAGUCCACACAUAUGGCUGUACACAGAGAUGAACCCGACAUGGCUCCACUGCCUCCACCCCGAUGUCCAGUACAACAGGAACACUAUGCUUCCGUACACAAAGCUAUCCCCAAGUCCCAGCAGAAGACUGAGGUGCUGUAUGCAGAUGUUUCUAUGGAGGCACCAAGGCCAAAGAGAGUCGUCAGAGAGCCUCCUCAGUCGACUGUGUACUCAUCGCUCAAAUUUCCCUGACUGCAUUUGAAUUAAGUGGAGGUGAAAAGCUAUAUUCUGUAGAUAAAUUAUUUUACACUUUUUGGUGAGGUACAGUACUGCCGAGUCCUUGUUGCUUUCACGAAACAUGACGUGGAUAUGUGGAGUUUGUCACACACAGGAAGUGACUACAAUAUAUUUAAGGACUUCACCUGCAUAAUGUGAAACUCGAUUAAAGCAGAGGACACAAUUAAAUACGAAUUAUAGUAUUUUUGUACCUUUCUCCAUUUGAAUGCAAAAGUCUAAUUUUAUGGUCUGUUCAUGUCAACAAAGACCUUAAGCACUGGCAUAAAGAAGAGAAGGAGCAGAAGGAAGAGAAAACACAUAACUGACACAAAAUACAACAUUUUAUUUUAGAAUAAAUUCUCAAUGGCACAUUACAUAACCAAAUAUACAUAUACAUGUUUAGACAUCUUUUAAAUUAAUAGAUUUUCUUUCGUCAUCUUGUCUUUAUUAAUUUGAGUACUCU